UAUUUUUAUUUUCUGGAUGAACUUUGAUUUUGAAUAGACAAAUUAUUUACACAGAAAAACAUCUGUGAAAUGUGUCAUUACUAAAGUGAAAGAAGUAAAACGAAGUGACGAUGUUAUUUGUAUUUUUUGCAUAUUUCUGGGGUGCGUUGGAGGUUUCCCGCCUUUUCUUCUUCUAUUGUCCGACUGCGCGGGACAUUUGAAAAAGUCACGUGGUUUCACUCCCAGCAUCACCUGAUCUACUGAGCGGUUCAGCCAAUCACAGCCAAGGGACGGUACAGCCAUAUUUACAUGGGUUCUGUAUAAGAACAGCUUCCCUCCUCAGUAUCUCAUUCGUUGCUGUAAUAUUCAGUGAGGAAAUAUGCCUGAACCCGCCAAGUCUGCCCCUAAGAAGGGCUCCAAGAAAGCCGUGACUAAGACCACCACCGGUAAAGGAGGCAAGAAGAAGAGAAAGACCAGGAAGGAGAGCUACGCCAUCUACGUGUACAAGGUGCUGAAGCAGGUCCACCCUGACACCGGUAUCUCCUCCAAGGCCAUGAGCAUCAUGAACUCGUUCGUCAACGACAUCUUUGAGCGCAUCGCCUCCGAGUCUUCUCGUCUGGCUCACUACAACAAGCGCUCCACCAUCACCUCCAGGGAGAUCCAGACCGCUGUGCGCCUCCUGCUACCCGGUGAGCUGGCCAAGCACGCCGUGUCUGAGGGAACCAAGGCCGUCACCAAGUACACCAGCUCCAAGUAAACAAUGCUGCUGUUUAACCAACAACCACAACGGCUCUUUUAAGAGCCAC